GGACAUGAUAAGGAGCUCUUUACUGUUGCUGCAUGAGCUCACCAGCUGUGGCGACUCUGGACUUUCCCCAACAGCUUGCACUAUCCCCCUCUCUCACCCUCCCUGUCACUCACCCUCACUCUCUCUCACCCUCACUUUCUCUCACCCUCACUCUUCCCCUCUCUCUCUCUCUCUCUCUUUCUCUCACUCACUCACACUCCCAAAUGCACAGGGAUUGCAGCAGCGCGAGAUGGAGAUCUCCACUGCGUGUGUGAGUGCCUAUUGCCGGUGAGUGCAGGAACGGCAGCAGUGUCAGUGGUGCUUGAGUGAGGGGAAAGAGAGAGAGAGAGGCAGAGAGAGGGAGAGAAGUGGGGGAUAUCAUUGUGGAUCUUACGGGUUUAGAGGCUUUUUUCUUUCUUUCUCACUGCUAUCCUGAACCUUGGCUGAUGUGCCACAACUAUUGCAGCCGUCACUGCAGCGGUCCCCUCUCCUCUCUCUGGACAGAGCUCUCUAUGCCACUCAAUGAAUGGAUAUGCACCGGCUCAGUGGGAGAUCUCUGCUUUGUUGUCCUUUGAAUCACUGAUUUGUUUCUCACGAAACCAUGGUGAGCAAGGAAAACAGCAAGGUCGUGCUAUCCAACUCAGAGUCCGAUUCAGAGGCAGGCCCGUCACAAAGCCUGGAGGUGCAGUACGGUCCUGACGGCAAACAGCAGGUGAAGAAGAGGAACAAAGCCUUACAAGUCCGCUUCAAGGACAUAUGUGACGCCCAGAAGGAGCAGCGGGCAGGGGGGCGAGGAGCCCGGUCCAUUUCCUGUAAAGUGGCUUACAGGAAGUACAUGACGAUGCCUGCGCGGCGCUCCAUCCCCAAUGUGACUAAGAGCACAGGUGUCCAGACGUCACCGGACCUUACGAAACACUACCAGACUUUCCCCUUCGAGCGAAAGAAAGGACAUACGAUCAAACACACAGCCUUGGUGGAGGACUACAAGGGCCAGAACAACGGGUUUUUGAGUGACUUGAAAGGGCAGGAGGAGGCGCUGGGUUUAGAGGAGUGCUCGUCUUCUCAGGGUGCAGGGAAGCAUGUGCGGCAGACGCAAGCACUGCUCCACCACACGGACGACAGCAGUGGCACAGAGGAUCUGUUAUCCAUUGCCAACUGUGUAGAUGGGCGUGCGUGCCCGGACUCCUCUCGCAUCACAAAGGACACAGAAUGCUUUGCAAACGACCCAACUCCCAGGGGAGAGCCAGAGAACCCUGCCUAUGGCGCGAGGACCAAACACAAAGGAUUAUCCAAAGCGGACACAAUGGGUGCCAACCCUUCUGCCAAGCGCCAGCUGGCCAACUGUGAGGAACCCUUACAGGACUCAAGGUCAAAGGUCACAAGUCCAGUUGCCUGGAACUCCCUGACGCAAGUGGAAGGUCUAGGCCUAGGGAGUCCGUCGGUGCGCUGCAAACGCAAAAAGGCCAUGCAGCCCAAUGGACAACAGUCCCAGACACUGCCCCACCCCCACAGUGCUGGCUGCUCUGUAGCUAGGGUAAAGGCACAUCAGUGCCGAUCAGGGACUUUACCAACCCCAAUGAAACCCCAACCUGGCCUGGACAGCCAGGCAUGCCCCCCAGGACGGCAGGGUGCCUGCAAGGAGAUAGUGCCCUUAGCUGGGAACGGGGAUAUUAAAGAAAAGCUCCAGGCCAUGGAAAACCUCAUCAGCUCCAGUCAGGAGACCAUCAAAGUCUUACUGGGGGUCAUCCAAGAGCUGGAGAAGGGCGAGGCUCAGAGAGAAGGGCUUUCCUACCGAACAGGACAGGACACAGCCAACUGCGACACGUGUCGAAACAGUGCCUGCAUCAUUUAUAGUGUGGAGCUGGACUUCAAGCAGCAGGAGGACAAAUUACAGCCCCUGAUUAAGAGACUGUGCCCCUUGGACGACCCUCAAUACCCUGCUCUGCCUUACCCCCACGAGGUGUUCACCUCAACCCCCAAACGCAAGUCCAAGACAGAGUCCAAAAAGCAUGGUCGCUGGAAACUCUGGUUCCUAUAAUUUAGGGAACACUUUGGAUUUUGGAGAUGCCUUUUGGAUCAGUUUUUACCCAUUUACUAUCUUCUCUCAAAGGGAUUUAUCAGAACAGAUUUUUUGCUCCAGAGGACAGAUAACCAGAUACCAGUAAACCUACAGUAUAUCAGGGUUCUGAGUUGGAACUGCACUAGAAAUCAAUGGGGGGGGGGGGGUAAAAAAAAAAGAUAUAUAUAUUUUCUCAUGGAGGUUUAGAGUCUGCCAAGACUUCAGUUUCUGGCUCAAACACCAGAGAAGAUCAACUUAUACCCUGGCUAGAGGUUAGCAAAACAACAAGGUGAGACUGGAUAUAUUUAGGUCGUCUUGAGAUGUAGCCUACAAUAUGAAGACGGAUGUUAUUUAUUUACUGGGCAAAUGCUUCUCUCACUUUUUUAUUUAUGAAUUCCAAUGGCACACCUUUUUGGUCUCUUUCCCCAGAGACCUCUGCUUGAGUAGAAGAGGAAUCACCAUGUGGAAGGCCUGUUUCUCUACAAAGCUACUUUAACCGUACAUCAGCCUGUCGGCAAAGCACAAACAUUUGGAUACUGAGAUGGAAGAAGAAGUUAUAUACAGUACAUUACAGUAUAUUAGUGAACCAACUCUACAUUAACCCUUCUUGCCCCUUCUCUCCAGUCUUGAGAGAACCCAAUCUCUGUCUCUCUCUAUCCCCUCGCACUCUCUCCCCUCUCUCUCUGUCUCUCUUUCCCCCCUCUCUCUCUCUCUCUCACCCCUCUCUCCUUCUCUUCCAUCUCUCUCUCU